AGUUUGGGGCAUUGUCAAACAGGAGGGAAGACGUGUGUCAAACUAUGUGAAAUAGGAUAAAUAGCGUAGGUUAUUGUUAAAAUUAUUAAGGCAUAAAUAUAAGGCUUAACUUAAAACCUGACAUACGCUUAGGGCUGUAAAGUUAGGGUCCAUACUUUCAAAAAGGUACACUGAUGUUGAUGUUUAACAAAGAGGAGUUAGCUAGACUGCUAACAUGCUAACAUAGCUCCUAUACGCUCAAGGGGUGCACACAAUAACCGAUUUGACGACGUUAUUUACAUACGUCUUCUUAGUCACAUAUAUGGACGUAUUUAACAAAGAUUAUUUACAAAUGCCAGCUAUUUUAACUUGUGUGCGAGCACGCAAAGCGAGGUUAUUUGCUCGUCUCUGCAAAAAGUGACAGGCAUUUAAAUCACAAGAGAUAACUAGUUUAAUAUCAACUGGAUUGAGUCCACCACAAUUGCUUAUUUUUCUCACUGCUUCUCGACCUUGGCAGAAGUGUAAGAUCACCUUUUGGCUGAAGAGGAAGUGGACGAUGGAAACCUGAGAGACCCUCGUCCUGAAGCUACUAGUCUCAGCUCCUAGACCCACUGCUCGACCCGGAUCACACCCUGGUCGUUUGACCGAGUGAUAGUCUGCUCAUUUAAUAAUUAGAAACCUAUCUAACGUUGCAUCAAAAAAUCACGUUUUUUAGUUCGUCGAUCAAAAGCUAAAAAGCUAGUUAGCUGAAUGCCUUAGCCUGUCAGUACUGGGAAAGGAAGCUAGCGCUAACUAGCACGUUUAGCUUUUAACGCUAGUUUUUUUUAAUGAUGGCAAAUCCCACAACCGAGGCACUGUUUUUGAUAAAGGACGUCAAGCCCGGAUCAAAGAAUUUGAACAUCGUCUUCAUUGUUUUGGAGAUCGGGAGAGUGACGAAGACGAAGGAUGGUCAUGAAGUGCGCUCCUGCAAGGUGGCCGACAAAAGUGGCAGUAUUGCCAUCUCUGUUUGGGAUGAGCUCGGCAGUCUCAUCCAAGCUGGCGACAUCAUCCGGCUCACGAGAGGGUAUGCGUCCAUUUGGAAGGGCUGUCUGACGUUGUACACUGGGAGAGGCGGUGACCUGCAGAAGAUUGGAGAGUUCUGCAUGGUGUAUUCGGAAGUGCCCAAUUUUAGUGAACCAAACCCAGACCUACAAGCUCAGUCCAACCAGCAAAACAAGUCUGGUAAACCCGACCAGAAUCCAAGGGGAAACUCCCCACCCAAUCAAAAUUCAGGUACAUCUGCACCGCCAGGUAAUGGUACCAUGCAGCCUUUUGUCAACAGCAACAACAACAACAACCCUCCGCCCGGUGCAACGCGGGACUCAUCGUUCGGUCCCACGGGCCGGCCCAAUGGACGCUCGCCAGGGAACGGAGCCCCGCCCCCGGUCACCGCCACCGGAGCCCCGCCCGCCACCAAGCCCUCGGUUACCAUUAGCAACGGCAGAGACCCCCGGCGUGCCAAGAGAUGAAGCUCGCCUUUAGAGUUUAGGCUCCUUCUUCGUUCAGCUGACACUGUUGCCAAACCUGAUGCUCACCAACCCGGAAACAAAAUAAUCCACUCUGGUGGCGUCUAGUACAGGUGUUUUUAUACAUAUAUAUCAAAAGUUUUUGUUAUUUUUAAACCCUAGUCACUUGUGUAUUGAGUAUAGGGCUGGUGUCUUGGCUCCGUCUGAGCGGUGGUGAGACGCCACUGCAUGGCGUUGGGCGGACACACGCUCGCUGUGGACACCGCCUGUCAUAUGCCAGUGUUACCCUCCCCCUCACACCCAGCCACGUCUUGUUUUAUGAAUCUAUACACCCUACUUGAACACUCAAUGCACUUUUGUUUUCACUUAAAUUAUGGCGGUCAUUUAUACUUCAGCAAACCACGUUUCAGCGGAGGCAGGAGGAAAACAAAGCCUUAAAGGGGGUGAUCAUGAGUACUUGGACUGAAUGCUCUCGUGAAGCGACUUCCUUUGUUUUUGUAACAAACCUUGUGAGUGACUGUAAAGCGAAAGGUGGUGAUUUAUCAUGUAUGAGGUGUAUAACAACUGGGGUCAAUGGAUUCUCAUUAGUGUUUGGCUUUUAAGGACCAUUUUUGGAAUCACUGGCAAAGAGGUUUAACAAAUAAAUGUUAAGAUUUUUACAUGACA